AUGUCGCAAUCACUCCGCCCCUACCUUCAGGCUGUCCGGAGCAGCUUGACGGCCGCCCUCUGUCUCUCCAACUUCGCAUCGCAAACCGCCGAACGACACAACGUCCCCGAGAUCGAAGCCCAGACAUCUCCCGAGGUGCUACUGACCCCACUGACGAUUGCCCGCAACGAAAAUGAGCGCGUCCUCAUCGAACCCAGCAUCAACAGCAUACGGAUCAGCAUCAAGAUCAAGCAGGCCGAUGAAAUUGAGCAUAUUCUGGUCCACAAGUUUACUCGCUUCUUGACACAGCGUGCCGAGUCCUUCUUUAUUCUCCGGCGAAAGCCCAUCAAGGGAUACGACAUCUCAUUCCUGAUUACGAACUUCCAUACCGAAGAGAUGUUGAAGCACAAGCUAGUCGACUUUAUUAUUCAGUUUAUGGAGGAAGUGGAUAAGGAGAUUUCGGAGAUGAAGCUCUUCCUGAAUGCGCGGGCGCGUUUUGUGGCUGAGUCUUUCCUGACACCGUUCGAUUAA